AUGAAUGCAAACAGGAAAGCUCAGUCUUCCUUUCUUUUUUUUUCAAUCCACAAAAGGUCAAAGGAUAGCUCUCCUUUUUUUUUUCCUCUUUGUUCCUUUCUUCCUUUUCUUUUCUUCCUCUUCUUUUCUUCCUCUUUGUUCCUUUCUUCCUCUUGUCUUCCUCUUUGUUCCUUUCUUCCUCUUCUUUUCUUCCUCUUUGUUCCUUUCUUCCUCUUCUUUUCUUCCUCUUUGUUCCUUUCUUCCUCUUCUUUUCUUCCUCUUCUUUUCUUCCUCUUUGUUCCUUUCUUCCUCUUUGUUCCUCUCUUCCUCUUCUUCUCUUCCUCUUUGUUCUUUUCUUCCUCUUCUUCUCUUCCUCUUUGUUCCUUUCUUCCUCUUCUUUUCUUCCUCUUUGUUCCUUUCUUCCUCUUCUUCUCUUCCUCUUUGUUCCUUUCUUCCUCUUCUUCUCUUCCUCUUUGUUCCUUUCUUCCUCUUCUUCUCUUCCUCUUUGUUCCUUUCUUCCUCUUCUUCUCUUCCUCUUUGUUCUUUUCUUCCUCUUCUUCUCUUCCUCUUUGUUCCUUUUUUGUUCCAUCCCUUUAUUUUCUUUCUUUUUGUUCCAUCCCUUUAUUUUCUUUCUUUUCAUUCCUUCCCUUUAUUUUCUUUCUUUUCAUUCCUUCCCUUUAUUUUCUUUCUUUUCAUUCCUUCCCUUUAUUUUCUUUCUUUUCAUUCCUUCCCUUUAUUUUCUUUCUUUUCAUUCCUUCCCUUUAUUUUCUUUCUUUUCAUUCCUUUCCUUUAUUUUCUUUCUUUUCAUUCCUUCCCUUUUAUUUUCUUUCUUUUUUCAUUCCUUCCUUUAUUUUUCUUUCUUUUCAUUUCUUGCUUUACCUUUUUCUUUAUUUUCAUUCUUUAUUUUACUUUUUCUUUCUUUUCAUUCCUUCCUUUAUUUUCUUUUUUUCAUUUUUUUUAACCUUUUCUUUCUUUUUUCAUUUUCCUUUAUUUUCUUUUCUUUUCAUUCCUUCCCUUUAUUUUCUUUCUUUUCAUUUCCUUCCUUUAUUUUCUUUCUUUUCAUUCCUUCCCUUUUUUUAUCUUCUUUUCAUUUUCUUCCUUUAUUUUCUUUUUUUUCAUUCCUUCCCUUUUUAUUUUCUUUUUUCUUUUCUCAUUUUUCCCUUUAUUUUUAUCUUUCUUUUCAUUCCUUCCCUUUAUUUUCUUUCUUUUCAUUCCUUCCCUUUAUUUUCUUUCUUUUCAUUCCUUCCCUUUAUUUUUCUUUCUUUUCAUUCCUUCCCUUUAUUUUCUUUCUUUUCAUUCAUUCCUUUAUUUUCUUUUUUUUUCAUUCCUUCCCUUUAUUUUCUUUCUUUUCAUUUUUCCUUCAAUUUUCUUUUUAAACAUUUUUCUUUAUUUUCUUUCUUUUCAUUAUCUUCCCUUUAUUUCUUUCUUUCUUUUCAUUCCUUCCCUUUAUUUUCUUUCUUUUCAUUUUCCCUUUAUUUUCUUUUCUUUCAUUUCAUUCCCUUUUAUUUUCUUUCUUUUCAUUCCUUCCCUUUAUUUUCUUUCUUUUCAUUCCUUCCCUUUAUUUUCUUUCUUUUCAUUCCUUCCCUUUAUUUUCUUUCUUUUCAUUCCUUCCCUUUAUUUUCUUUCUUUUCAUUCCUUCCCUUUAUUUUCUUUCUUUAUUACUGA